AUGGACGCGCACCCGCGGGCGACGAGGCGCAUCCGCGGACGGACGCGCACUGCGGGCGUCGAGGCGCAUCCGCGGACGGACGCGCACCCGCGAGCGACGAGGCGCAUCCGCGGACGGACGCGCACCCGCGGGCGACGAGGCGCAUCCGCGGACGGACGCGCACCCGCGGGCGACGAGGCGCAUCCGCGGACGGACGCGCACUGCGGGCGUCGAGGCGCAUCCGCGGACGGACGCGCACCCGCGAGCGACGAGGCGCAUCCGCGAACGGACGCGCACCCGCGGGCGACGAGGCGCAUCCGCGGACGGACGCGCACCCGCGGGCGACGAGGCGCAUCCGCGGACGGACGCGCACCCGCGGGCGACGAGGCGCAUCCGCGGACGGACGCGCACCCGCGGGCGUCGAGGCGCAUCCGCGGACGGACGCGCACCCGCGAGCGACGAGGCGCAUUCGCGGACGGACGCGCAUCCGCGGGCGACGAGGCGCAUCCGCGGACGGACGCGCACCCGCGGGCGACGAGGCGCAUCCGCGGGCGAACGCGCACCCGCGAGCGACGAGGCGCAUCCGCGGACGGACGCGCACCCGCGGGCCACGAGGCGCAAUCACGGGCGACACAAACGCAGCUGCGAGUAACCCGGCGCCACCAUACGUUACGUGACCGCACCACCCUUCCAAGUGGUGUCGUCCUCUUUGACCGCACCCGCCCUCAAGCCGUUCAUGAUGACAACCCGGAUCGCUGGGGGGCCAACCUGAACACUUACAACAGGCUUCGCGACACUUACACCCUCCAGCGUGAGGCGCACCGUGUUGCGGAAGCAGCACACGCUGAUGCUACUACACGCCUCCUCUCCUACGCUCAAGACGAAAAAGACUAUGCUGAGGAGCUUCGCAAGAUCCACAAGGAUGUUGCAGCAUGGCGCAUUGCUGAUCGUCGUGCACUCGCCAUCAUCUUCUCCUGCAUCCCCUCCCACCUCAAACGCGACCUUCGUCCCACCUCCUCCUCUGGACUCUGGAAAACCCUCUCUACUCAGUACGAUCGUCAGGACCUUCGCUCCCUCCUCGCCCUCUUCCGCAAAUUCCAAGACAUCACCCUUGACUCCUCCCCCACUGCUGCUGCCUACACCCGUCGCCUCAUUGACACUGCGCAACGCCUCAAUGACCGCGGCAUUGUCAUCUCUGAGUCCCUUCUUACUGCACGCAUCCUUGACUGCCUCCCUCCCACAUAUGACACCUACCGCAUCACCUUCACCUCUCGCUACCGUCAUCCUCCUCCUGUGGCUGACACCAUCGACAUCUCCCAUCUCACAUCCUUCAACAAGUUCAGCAUCUUCUCCCCUCCACUCCCACCACACCCACUCCUCCCCCAUCCACACCUCCGCCUCAAGCCCCUCCCCCUCACUACCCUCCACCCUAUGCUGGCUGGCCUUACCCUCCUUACCCACCUCCUGGAUAUGGUCAUGCACCUAUUGGACACGCUGCCACUCCUGCUGAACCACCAUCCUCCUCCUCCAACCCUCCUGGCUUUACUCCAUUCCCCUCUGCUGGAUUCAUAG